AUGGUGACAAAUUCGAUGUGUCCGACGAGCGAGAAGCUGAAGUGGAUUGAAGGAGCAGGGCUGAAAACUGCGCUGUUCGAUCACGUCGUUAACAGCUGCGAGAUUCAAGCGCUGAAGCCGGACCCGGCGGUGUACUCCGAGGCGCUUCGCAGACUGCUGGUUUCGGAGACGGAGGCGGUGUUCUUGGGGCACGACCGAGACGAGCUGGAAGGUGCGAGGCACUUGGGAAUAACGACCGUCGUGAUGGAGCCCACGUUCGCGCUAGAGCGGGAGGAUUACAGGAAGUUCGACUACAUCGUGAGCGACUGGAGCGAGGUGGCGGAGUUGCCCGUGUACAAUUGA